AUGGCCGCGAUCAAAGCGGCUAACUCCAAGGCUGAGGUGGCGCGGGCCCAGGCGGCCUUGGCUAUCAAUAUAUGCGCCGCCCGAGGGCUGCAGAAUGUAUUGCGGACCAAUUUGGGUCCUAAGGGCACCAUGAAAAUGCUUGUAUCUGGUGCAGGUGAUAUCAAACUCACCAAAGACGGCAAUGUGCUACUCCAUGAAAUGCAAAUUCAACACCCAACAGCUUCCUUGAUAGCAAAAGUGGCAACAGCUCAGGAUGAUAUUACAGGAGAUGGAACUACUUCAAAUGUUCUAAUUAUUGGAGAGUUACUAAAACAAGCUGACCUUUACAUUUCUGAGGGCCUGCACCCUAGAAUAAUAGCUGAAGGAUUUGAAGCAGCAAAGGUUAAAGCACUUGAAGUUUUGGAAGAAGUUAAAAUUGAAACAGAGAUGAAAAGAGAAAUCCUCUUAGAUGUGGCUAGAACAUCUCUACGAACUAAAGUUCAUGCUGAUCUGGCUGAUGUGCUAACAGAGUGUUGCCCUAGCAGUCUGUUACAACUUUAUGAGUAUAACUCUAAUUUUAUACCAAAUUUUAGAGUGUAUAUUCAGAGUAAGAAACAUGACAGUAUUUUUAACAGGUUGGUCAGAGGAUUAAUUUUGGAUCAUGGUGCCCGUCAUCCAGAUAUGAAGAAACGAGUAGAAGAUGCAUUUAUACUUACAUGUAACGUAUCACUAGAAUAUGAGAAGACAGAGGUGAGCUCUGGUUUUUUUUAUAAGACUGCAGAAGAGAAAGAAAAAUUGGUAAAAGCUGAAAGGAAAUUUAUUGAAGAUCGAGUACAAAAAAUAAUAGACUUGAAAAAUAAAGUCUGUGCUCAGUCUAAUAAAGGAUUUGUUGUCAUUAAUCAGAAGGGAAUUGAUCCAUUUUCCUUAGAUGCUCUUGCAAGACAUGGCAUAGUAGCUCUUCGCAGAGCAAAAAGAAGAAAUAUGGAAAGACUCUCUCUUGCUUGUGGUGGAGUGGCUGUGAAUAGUCUUGAAGAUCUCAGUGUAGAUUUCUUGGGAUAUGCUGGUCUUGUACAUGAGUACACAUUAGGUGAAGAAAAAUUCACUUUUGUUGAGAACUGUAUUAACCCUCGCUCUGUCACCUUGUUAGUUAAGGGGCCAAAUAAACAUACUCUCACCCAAAUCAAGGAUGCUGUUAGGGAUGGACUUCGUGCCAUCAAAAAUGCCAUUGAAGAUGGCUGUGUGGUUCCAGGUGCAGGUGCAGUUGAAGUGGCGAUUGCUGAAGCUCUUGUUACAUACAAGCACAGUAUACAAGGACGAGCCCGUCUGGGAGUUCAAGCUUUUGCUGAUGCUUUACUCAUUAUUCCUAAGGUUCUUGCUCAAAAUUCUGGUUAUGACCUGCAAGAAACACUAGUAAAAGUUCAAGCUGAGCAUUUAGAAUCAAAACAACCUGUUGGCAUAGAUUUGAAUACAGGUGAACCAAUGAUAGCAGCAGAAGCAGGAGUUUGGGAUAAUUAUUGUGUGAAAAAACAACUUCUUCACUCAUGCACAGUGAUUGCUACCAACAUUCUCCUGGUCGAUGAAAUUAUGCGAGCUGGUAUGUCUUCUCUCAAGGGGUGACUGAGUUCAAAAUCAACUCUUCUGGAAGAUGUGAUAUAUAGCCAUCUUAUAUCCAUCUAUCAUU